AUGGCCAGAGGGUCUUCUCCUGGGAAAGCAAAGGCCAGCGUUAAAGCGGAUCCAUCAUCUGUCCGACCCACGUCAAGAGGUUCAUACGCGUCUUCGAAAGUAGGGCUGGGGGACGAAGCGUCCUCCUUUGGCAUGAUUUCGGCGGAACCCGGACCUCGUGCGUCGACCGCAGCUAGCAUCGCAUCGUCGAGCUCCGGAGGCAGAAAGAGCUUGAGAGACCAGCUAGGAAUACUGAGAAAGGCUUCCCGGGAGCUCUCCUGUGAGAAGGAUAGAAAAGCGGAGCGUUUGCGCAAGACGAGCAGCUACAACGACAGCUUAAGACACAACAUUCCGCGCAGUCGAGCCAGCUUGCGUUCCAUGCACUCUAUGGCCGAUCUGGCAGAAGAAGGCCGACCAGCAGGCAGCGCCAUGGAGCCUCAUCAGGAGGAUGUGCCCACGACGGUGCCAAAGGAAAAUGGCCACUCAUCCCCAUCCACUGCUGAGGUCGUGAAUAUGUCGAUUCCUGGAGGAAUUGGAAGCGGGAGGGUCAUUCCGACGCGAGAAUCCUCUCUACGGCAUAGCUACUCUUCGAGCUCCAAGAAACGGGUAUCGGCCCGUCACAGUCGAUAUUCGUCCAGGGGGAGCAAAGAUUUGAGACUCGAGACCGGCGUGGAAGCGGAGCAGGUGACUAGAAGGAUACAGGAAGUCAAGGAUCAGCAGCAGAGGAUCAAGUCCGAACUCCAAGGAGAUAAGAGUCCCGUUAGGUCGACAAGAGGAGCUUCCGCAAGGCCAACGCAUCCGUCGCGAGCCCUCACAGAUCCGAACCCUGUUCCCUUGCAUCAUGUCACCACAGAUGACACUAGGUCGAAUCUGGAAGAAAGUGCACCUUCUCCAUAUGUAAUGACGGGUAAGAUGAGGUCAAGCGCUCGGUCAGCCGGGCCACUUUCGUCGAGGACCCCGAACAUGCAGCCCCUGGCACUGAGGAAAUCGUUGGAGAAACAAGACUUGAUGGACAAGGUGUAUUCACGCCGUUCAGUUGAGUCAUUGGCGCCUAUGACUCCCCUCAGCACUAGAAGCCACAGGCGAACGCCUUCGGGUCCGGUGUCUCCUGGCCAUGCCUCAACAACAGAGGAAAGACCAUCGAGUUCCGACUCCAUUGAUCUGGCGGUGUUCGACUAUGUUGAUUCUCCCAGACUCACUCAAAGAGUGACCCAUCCCACUUCUGGCCGUACAAUCGCGUUCUCUGAAGUCGGCGAUCCGAAGGGCUACGUCGUGCUCUGCUGUCUUGGGAUGGGCUUGACCAGGUAUCUCAUGGCCUUCUACGACGAACUGGCGCGAACCCUCAAAUUACGACUGGUUACUCUGGAUCGCCCCGGGGUUGGUGAGAGUGGACCUUACCUGGACGAGCCCGGAAACCCCUUGAGCUGGCCAGAUGACGUUGCUAUCGUUUGCAAUCACCUCAAAGUCACCAAGUUCUCUAUUCUCGCACAUUCGGCAGGAGCUAUCUACGCGUUAGCCACGGCUCUGCGAAUCCCACAGCACAUCCGUGGCCGUAUCCACCUACUGGCGCCGUGGAUUCCCCCAUCUCAGUUGUCCAGCAUUGGCUCGAUGAAAGAACCGGUCCCCAACAAUGCUGUACCUUACUCGCAGCGAAUCCUUCGGGCUCUGCCCACGUCCCUGCUCAAGGUUGCCAAUUCAAGUUUCAUGAGUGCCACCAGUGCCAGCAUUACCACCAGCCUACCCAAGUCUCCUCGACGAAGCAAGCGCAAGAGCGCUGGCAAGGAUGCAUCUACCCCUGCUACAAACAAAUCGACCCCGUCAAAGAUACAACAACAAGGUGACGAUCUUAAAGCUCUACAGAACAUGGAAACUCUUAUGAUCUCCAACAAGAACUCCACGAAAACCCCGAAUAAGACACAAGAUGCGGGUGUGACAGUAUCCCAGGAUCGUGAACGCCAGACCGACUAUGAUAACAGGCUGACCCACAAGAUUUGGGAGCUUGCCACCACGAACGCUAACCCGGCCGUUGACCUACUAAUCUGCCUGGAGCGUCGUCAACCGAUCGGCUUCCGAUACGUGGAUAUUACCCGGGCGGUUGUCAUUCACCACGGGAGCCGAGACACUCGCGUCCCUGUAGACAAUGUCCGCUGGCUCGGCAAAAUGAUGCGGCGUUGUGAGGUACGGGUGCUCGAGGGCGAGGGCCACGGCUUGAUGGCAUCUGCAGCCGUUAUGGGCAGCGUCCUGACGGAGAUCGCAAAAGAGUGGGAGGAUUGGACCACCGUCGUCCAGGGGAGGCGCAGAGCGACGACCGUCAAUCAUGGAGCGCGAUCCGGUAUCACGCUACAAGCUUCCUCAUAG